GGAUUUAUCCUUCCUUAAGAAUCAGCAACGAUCUGACACUGGACACAAACCUCAUCCCUGUGAGGAAUGUGGGCAGGGCUGUAGUUGUGUCUCGUGCCUAAGCACUCAUGUGCCAACGGACCUUGUGGAGAAACCCUAUGAAUGUGAGGAAUGUCAGAAAGGCUUCAGUUGUUACUCCUGCCUUCAGCGACACAUGAGAACGCACAGUACAGAGAAACCUUCUGUCUGUGAGCAAUGUGGGCAAGCCUUCUGUUGUCCCAGUAACUUUAUAAAACACAUGAAAUUGCACAGUGGAGUGGAAUGCUACGAAUGUACGGAGUGUGGGAAAGCUUUCCGUUUUUCCUCAUCCCUUCGAGUACAUAAGAGGACACACAGUGAAGAGAAACCCUAUGAAUGUAAGGAGUGUGGGAAAGCAUUCACUAGUUCCUCAUAUCUCAGAGCACACGUGAGGAUGCACAGUGGGGAGAGACCCUUCCAGUGCCAGCAGUGUGGGAAAGCCUUCACCUUUCAGUCCUCCCUUCGAGGACAUAUGAGAACACACACCGGGGAGAGACCCUAUGAAUGUCAGCACUGCGGGAAAGCUUUCAGGGAGUCUCAGCAUUUUCAAAGGCAUGUGAGAAUUCACAGUGGUGAGAAACCCUAUGAAUGUAAGGAAUGUGGGAAAGCCUUCAGUUAUUCCUCAUCCCUCCGAGAACAUGUGAGGACACACACUGGGGAGAGGCCCUAUGAGUGUCAGCACUGUGGGAAAGCCUUCACUUGUCACUCCUCCCGCCGACGACAUAUGAGAACACACACCGAGGAGAGACCUUAUGAAUGUGAGCAAUGUGGGAAAGCUUUCAAGAUGCCUCAGAGUUUUCAAAGGCAUAUGAGAAUUCACAGUGGUGAGAAACCCUAUGAAUGUAAGGUGUGUGGGAAAACCUUCAGGUGUUCCUCCUCACGUCGAAGACAUGUGAGAACUCACAGUGAAGAGAAACCCCAUGAGUGUAAGCAGUGUGGCAAAGCCUUCAAGUAUUCUGCGUCCUUGGAAGUACACGUGAGAAGGCACAGUGGGGAGAGACCCUACGCGUGUCAGCACUGUGGGAAAACUUUCAUUCAUCACUCCUACCUUCAAGUCCAUGUGAGGGUACACAGUGGGGACAGACCCUAUGAAUGUAAGCCAUGUGGGAAAGCUUUCAGUUAUCCGGCUAGCCUUCGAGUACAUGUGAAAACACACACAGAGGAGAGACCCUAUGAGUGCCAGCACUGUGGGAAAGCCUUCAGGAGGCCUCAACAUUUUCAGGCCCACGUGAGAAUGCACAGUGGUGUGAAACCCUAUGUAUGUAGGGAAUGUGGGAAAGCCUUCAGUUGUUCCUCAUCACUUUGGAUACAUGUGAGAAGUCACAGCAAAGAGAGACCCUAUGAAUGCAAGGAGUGUGGCAGAGCCUUCAGAUAUCCAGCAAACCUUCAAGUACAUGUCAGAAUCCACAGUGGGGAGAGACCCUAUGAAUGUCAGCAAUGUGGAAAAGCCUUCAAGAGGCAUCAACAUUUUCAAAGUCAUGUGAGAAUGCACAGUGGUGUAAAACCCUAUGAAUGUAUGGAAUGUGGGAAAGCCUACAGUCGUCGCUCCUCCCUUCAAGCACAUGAGAGAAGCCACAGUGAGGAGAGACCCUAUGAAUGUCAGCAAUGUGGGAAAGCCUUCAAGAAGCCUCAGCACUUUGAAAGACAUAUGAGAAUUCACAGUGGUGUGAAACCUUAUGAAUGUAAGGAAUGCGGGAAAGCCUUUAGUUGUUCCUCAACACUUCGAAUCCAUGGGAGGACUCACACUGGAGAGAAACGCUAUGAAUGUAAGGAAUGUGGCAAAGCCUUCAGACAUUCCUCAUCCCUGCAGGUGCAUGUGAGGAUGCACAGUGGGGAGAGGCCCUAUGCAUGCAAGGAAUGUGGGAAAGCCUUCACUCGUCACACUGGCCUUCAACUACACGCCAGAACCCACAGUGGAGAGAGGCCCUAUGAGUGUCAGCAAUGUGGGAAAGCCUUCAGUCGUCACUCCAACCUACAAGUACAUGCCAGAAGCCACAGUGAGGAGAGACCUUAUGAAUGUCAACAAUGUGGGAAAGCUUUUAGUCGUCACACUGGCCUCCAGCUACAUGCCAGAACCCACAGUGGGGAGACACCCUAUGAAUGUCAGCAAUGUAGGAAAGCUUUCAUGCAGCCUCAACAGUUUCAACGUCAUCUCAGAACCCAUGAUGGGCAGAGGGGUAUUAAUGUCAGUAAUGUGGGAAAGCUCACAAAUAUCUUGGAUUCCUGUGAGAACACACUGGAGAGUAAAAUCUGAAUCCACGGACUGAGGGAAAGCCUUUAUUCUGCUUGAAACCUCGUGGUAAAUGUGAGCAAACACACUGGAGAGAUCGCUUAGGACUGGAAAGACUGUGGGGCAGCGUUCAAGUGUAGCAGUUCACUUAUCUUCUUCAUGAAAACUCAGGGCAGGAAAGAGACCUUUUAAUUGUUAUGUGUGGCUUCAUCUUUAUAAGUGUCUCAUCUUUACUAGGGACCCCCAGUGUACCAAUUCGCAGGUCAUGUUGCUGAUAUGAACACUGAAAAUAAUAAAUAUCCAUCUAUUUAUGCAUCAUCUGUACUACAUAUUUCAUCACCUUGGACCUUAAAUAAUUGUACAGUUGUGUACACUCGUCUUAUUUAUAUUACAACAUGUUUUGGACCCAGGGAUAAGUGGUUUUUGUUUUUUGUAUAGUCGUGCAAAUUGGUAUAAUUUUAGAGGAAAGUUUUUCGAUUCUCACUUUUCUUUAUGUUCCUAGUAUACAUUCAUGAUGUGACACUUGUACUCUUGAAAUUUCACUUCUGGUCAACUGUUGCAGCUUUUCUGACUGAAUAUCUACUUGCCUCUGUAAUCUUUCUUAUGGAAAGAUGUAUAGUCCACAUUUUGUCCUUCUUAGUGAAUAUCACAUCUGUGUUCCUUGCACGAAGUAGUAUUAUGGAAAGGUUUUGGAAGAGGACAGUCCCAUUUGAUUAUGCUCAUACUUUGACCUGUGGUCAUUGUCCUUGAUCUUGGUUGGAAAUUAUCACGAUGCUUUGAGUUCACAUGAGAGACUUCAUGGCAGGAAGAUGGAGCUGGUGUCCAGAGGCUUCUACUGAAUUGUGCUGUCACCUUGCGGAAGGUGGGGCACUAUCUGAAAGUCCUUCUGUUUGUCGCUCUCUGUUAAAGUUCACGAGCAGAGGAAGAUGCAUGAGGUUUGGAAAGCAGAAGUGAAGAAGACAUGAUUCUCAGUUCUCCUGUCCCGUCAGGAGACAGAGGUGCCUGGGACCCUAGGAGGCCUGCGUCACAGCACACUUUUCUGACUUCUGGCGCUGCCUGUCUGGAACAGCCCCAACCAAACACCAUGUUUGACAUCAGCUCCCUCUUAGACAGCAGGUUCCACAGAUUUGCCCACAAGCUCCCCCAUCAUGGAGCCUCUUUGGUUUGCACGUUCACACAUUUACUUGCAUUUUCCUGCAGCUCUUUGGUGUCCAUCGGGCCACUUCAGGCUGUCACACUUUGUGGCAGUCUCUCAUUCUUGAACCCCUCCAUCUCCAUUGCUUCUCCUGAUGACAUGAAUUCUGUGGGGAGCAUCUUGUUCUCUAAUAAUGGAUCUGUUUCCUGCCUCCACCGUGACAGACUCAAUGCUGUACCCACAUAUAGCAUAAAAUUCCCUGGUUGCAUUGUUGCAAGGCUGCAAUAAUCCGGCAUUUCUUCUUUCUGGAUACUUCCAUGAUUGAAAACAGCAUUUACAAAUGUAUUUGACAGUUUGUGAGUUUUUUCUUAUAGCUGAGUGCUAACUAAAUGUUAAACUCUGCAUGUUUAAUUUCUUUCCAUUUUUCUAUGUAAUUUCCGAGUGCUUACUUUUUUCAUUUUUUAUGUGUGCUUUACAACAGGUAAAUGCACAACAAUGUGAAUUUUUUUUUUUUAAUGGCUCGCUACGUUGUUUCUUCGAAAGCUCAUUCCUUCGGUUUUCAAGUCUGUUGUAUGCUUACAAGUGUUAUGUUUUAUUAAAU